AUGGGGAAGAAGGGAGGAAGGGCCAUGCGCGAUGAGGGCCUUCAGCGAACUGAUAACAGCAUGGACCUCACCAGCUGGCCACAAGUGGCUGCUAUCAAUCAGAAGAAUUACUACACCGAGUACUUAAAACGAGACGAUCAAAUCCUGGCAUACCGUUUACAAAGUGAGGAAAACCGAAACCGAAUGGCUAAAGCAGCAAAGGAACGAGAUAGAUCUCUUGCGAUGUCAAAACCCAAUGAGCUACCGCUUCCGGAGGAAGAAGCAGACGCAGAUGCGACAAUGGCAGAGGCGGACGACGAGGAGGAAAAAGUGAUGGUCGGCUCAAAGACUGUUGUGGUGCAUGUGGGAAGCCAGAAUCUGCGCAUAGGUCUUGCCAGUGAUGCCUUACCGAAGACGAUUCCCAUGGUCAUAGCCCACAAGUCCGGCCUAAAUGAAUCCGAGGAAAAUGGUGGUGAGCCGAAACCAAAACGCUUAAAGAUGGAUGACGGUGAACUUAUGGAACCGGAGAAGAUGUUUGGACCUGAUUUUGGCACCCUGUAUACAAAUAUGUGCACAGAACUAAAGGCCCAUAUGCGCCAAAACAAGCGAAGGACACUACCCAACUCCAAGGAGAUGGUGGUCAACUACAAUAGAAGAACACCACCAGAGACGAUAUCUGAGCACAAUGACGCUAUGCGGGUUGACUGGACUGAAAUCCCAAAUAAUUCCGCACUUGCUCCCGAGUACGUGGUUGGAGAAGCAGCUUUGAGGAUACCGGAUCUCUCAAGACCCCGAUACAAGCUCUACUGGCCACUUCGAAACGGGUGGUGUAACGAGAAGGAUUACAACAGCAAGAACCUAUUGUUCUUAGACAUUGCUCUCAUUCUGGAAGAUGCGAUGAAAACCCAAUUAAACUUGGCACAAGAUAAAGAUUGGGGACAAUAUUCAUGCGUCUUUGUCAUACCCGAUCUCUACGAAAAGCUAUAUGUCACUCAAAUACUGGAUACGCUGAUGCGGGAACUCGGUUUCGGCCGUGUCUGUUUUGUCCAGGAGAGUUUGGCCGGUACUUUUGGCGCCGGGUACACCGCUGCCUGCGUUGUUGACGUCGGUGCCCAAAAGACGUCAAUAUGCUGCGUCGAAGAAGGGAUGUGCGUUGAAAACUCCCGUGUCAACUUGAAGUAUGGUGGCUCUGACGUCACUGAUACCUUUAUCAAAAUGAUGCUCUACGACCAUUUCCCAUACGAGGAGAUCAAUUUGAACCGCCGCUAUGACUUUUUGUUAGCAGAGGAGCUUAAGAAGAAUGUGGCAACCCUCAAUGAAACAAACGUUUCAGUACAGGUGUUUGACUUCCACCUUCGGGUUUCGGGCCAAGAUACGAGGAAGUACACAUUCAAAGCAUAUGAUGAAAUCAUAUUAGCGCCUAUGGGCGUGGUUCAGCCUGAUAUAUUCGAUAACUCACAAAAACUAAUUGGACGGAGGAAACUCAUUAACCGUUCUUAUGAUCUUUACGACAGACAGCCGAACGAUCCAAGCUCUACUGCUCAAGCUGAGAUUAUAGCGGCCAUUUCUCCUCCCCCAGCUUUGAACAAUGGCACAACAAAUGGAGCUUCACAAACCAACGGAUCAGACCCUCAAGCUACGCCCAGUCGUUCGCAAGCCCACAAUCCCCUGGGCCGACUACAGGAUCUUGAAGCAACUCCACGGUCCUCUGCAGCUGGAUCUCCCACACCUGAUACAGCACCAAAUCCCCAAGGAGGCGUCUCAACCCCUCUCAAGACUCAGGGAGGUACUGGUGGUGGACCAACAUCACAAAGCCAGCCCAUAGUCGAGAUGCGCGAUGACGUCCUCCCGGUAUGGCCUCUUGAAGAUGCUAUAUUUACCUCUAUCACCCAUGCAGCUCGGGGAGAGGCUCGCAAAUUCAACGAUUUCGUUGGUGGAGUCCUAGUGAUUGGAGGUGGCAGUCUUGUUUCUGGCUUCCACGCUUUCCUCGAGGAGAGGAUGCAACUCAAACGCCCAGAUAUUGCCAGUCAUGUCAUGGUCGGCGCGCCACCCCGAGAACUCGAUCCGCAAGUCGUCGUGUGGAAAGGGGCAAGUGUGUUUGGCAAGCUGGAUGCAACGAAUGAUAGUUGGAUUGGGAAGCUAGAAUACGACCGACUUGGCAGCCGGGUAUUGACUUAUAAAUGCAAAAUGUCGAAAUCAAAGGAUGGCGGCCCCGCCGGUGGUUUCCACCAAGAAUAUAUCGCAUCCUUACGAUACCGCAAUGACCUCCCUCCGCCAGAAAUGCCCCCCAAAUUUUUGGACAUCCCGCACGAAGGGCUAGAACGAUUUCUGACAGCAGGCUUUGCGUCCAACAUGGUGCGCCGGGAAGAGCCAAAUAUUGAUGUCGAUGCUGAGGGAGGCAUGCCAAUUGAUUUGAUAGGAAUACCAGGCCUGCACCUGGGUGACGAAAGUGCUAUUAUGGCGCCUGAGAACCCGCCUCCACUCGACCCUGCAGAUCUUCCGCUUUUGAUGUCAUUGGACCAGUUAAGGAACCCAGCGCCAAAGAACGUGAAUGUUAGCUUUUUAAGGCGAACACAAUACAUUGCCUCCGGCGGAAUGGCUCGUGGGAUAGACGCUAAGGGACCUGUCUUUAUUGGAAGUGCUCGAAAGGGACAGAAGCCGAAACCAUCCCGAGAUGAUCCCACAUACGUCAAGAAAUAUAUCCAGAAAGGAUUCGAUAUUGCUUAUCCUAAGAGCAAACAUUCUGGCCCAGACUCUUCAAGUAAGAUUCAAGGUUUAGCACCAACCAAAGCCGAACUCGACGCAUGGGCAAAUCCUGUUCAUCCAGACAAUCCCAAGUUGAAACCUGUUGGCCUCUUCCCCGUGAUUCCAGAUGUGGACGGAUUCCCAGAUUCCGGUGGCUUCCUACAAUUCAAAUUUGACAAGACACCUAUUCCACCAGUCAACGGACGACGAGAUGAUCGCAUGGAUAUGUCAAUUCUAAUUCCCUCCGCACCAGAGCCAAGGGUCCUACAAGAACAUACUUCCAAGAUGCAGCUCUACAGAGCAAACCCAGCACUUUACCCAGAUCCCGGACCGGUACCUUACGAUUAUGAUCUUUACCUGCCUCAAAAGCAAAGCUCCACAAAACAAAUUCGACGCUCUCUGAAUAUGGUUAACCCCGAUCGAGACAACCCAUCCAAUUAUGCCAAUGAAAGCUCAAGUGGAGAUAAAUAUCAUCACUAUGACCGGCUUCGAACAUACGCAACAAGUACACAAAUCUUGAACACUGAACACAAAUACAAAGAUGUUUCCAUAGUUCUGUUUGACCCCGCCGAAAUACCGGAGGGUGAACGCGACUCGUUCCGUCUAAAGCAAAAGGGUGCAUACUAUUAUCCGAUUAUAUCAAAGACUCGCAUAAAACCGGAACGCUCUCAAAAGAUUGCCCGCGCAGGCCUGGCACCUACACGUGCCACUGCAAAGGAGGACCUGGUGGAUCAGAUACAACUUAAACUGCGUGAUCCUAUCGAGGCGGAGUCCCACAAGCGAGCUGGGCACCGUUGCCAGAUUGAUUCUAAAUACACCAAUCCGUUCUCCACGGAUGAGCCGGAGAAGAGUCAAAAUGCAGCCGACGCACACGGCGACGAAGAAAUGGCGGAUAAUGAUAAUGAUGACUAG